GGUGACGCUGUCAAAGCGGGAGGCGGCGAACGAGGCCGGUUACCCAGCGUGCCCCGCGGAGCUACCGGGCCCUGGUGGGAGGGGGGGCUAGUUGAAUCAUGGCGGCCCUCAGUAAAGUGACCGGACGGACACUGUAGAACGGACAGCCCUUGUGUGUAUCCGGGGGGUAGGGUUGUGAGGCCCGUUCCCCCCCCAUCACCUCUCCUCUUACACCGGAGCUGGUUCCUCACGUGACUUACACCGGGCACCUUCGAGCUCCCACCCCGGACCCGAGUCACCCGGGGGGGCCCCAGCAUUAGAUGGAGGAUCUCCCGGCGGCUGGUGGGAUGGCUGCUUCUACAAGGCCGCAGGUCGGGGGUCCUGGUCAGGCCCAAGCCCAGGGAGUCCCCUCAGAGCCGGGCUGUGAGCUGACCGCCCGGCCGCCCCAGUACACCAUCCCGGGGAUCCUGCACUACAUCCAGCACGAGUGGGCCCGCUUCGAGAUGGAGAGAGCGCACUGGGAAGUGGAGAGGGCCGAGCUGCAGGCACGGAUAGCCUUUCUACAAGGUGAAAGAAAAGGUCAAGAAAACUUAAAGAAGGAUCUAGUAAGAAGAAUAAAAAUGUUAGAAUAUGCUUUGAAACAAGAGCGGGCAAAGUAUCAUAAAUUAAAAUACGGAACAGAAUUAAAUCAAGGAGAGAUGAAGAUGCCUGCAAUGGAAUCGGAAGAAACCAAAGAAUCCGAGAUUCCCCCAGGGCUUCCGAAUAGUCAGCUGACCUGGAAACAAGGCCGGCAGCUGUUAAGACAGUAUCUUCAAGAGGUUGGCUAUACAGACACAAUAUUAGAUGUUCGGUCACAAAGGGUACGCUCUCUGCUCGGACUUUCAGGUUCUGAGCCAAACGGCUCAGUGGAACCGAAGAACUUAGAACAGAUCCUUAAUGGUGAAGAUGUUUCACUUAAACAAAAGGGACAGGAAAACAAAAGGAACUCAGGGGGUGUUCUGGAAACUUUUAAUUUCUUAGAAAGUGCAGAAGACAGCGAUGAAGAAGAGGAGGAGGAGGACCUUAUGGUAGAGGACACAUAUCCGAAGGACAAACGAUUAAACAAAAAACCUAAAAUUGGAAAUGAAGGUUUAGCUGCUGAACUUGUUGAUGACACAGAAGAAGCAUUGAAGGAGUUUGAUUUCCUUGUGACUGCAGAAGAUGGAGAAGGUGCUGGUGAAGCCAGAAGUUCAGGAGAUGGUACUGAGUGGGAAAAGGACGUCCUGUCCCCAACUGCGGAGGCCUGGGAUGUAGACCAGUCUCUGAUAAAUAAACUCAAGGAGCAGUACAUGAAGGAGCGCAAGGGGUCAAAGGGGGCCAAGAGGGUAAACCGGACGAAACUGCACGAUAUGAUUGCAGACCUGGGUGAUGAGGAACUGUCCUGCAUCUCUCCAGGCAUCCUAAAUCCGGCCCGAUCACCAACCAGAAUAACAGAUCAUGAAGGUGGGAGGGCGGAGGAAGCUGAGCCAAUCGCCUUUCCAUCUGGAGGUGGGAAGACCUUCAUUAUGGGAUCAUCAGAUGAUGUCAUCGAGACGGUUCUGGGCCUCGGGGAUCUAGCUGACCUCACUGUGACUAAUGAAUCGGACUACACUUAUGAAAUGCCGUCCAAUAAGGAUGCGUUUAGAAAGACAUGGAACCACAAAUACACCCUACGAAGUCACUUUGAUGGGGUGCGGGCACUAGCAUUUCACCCAGUUGAGCCUGUCCUGGUGACUGCAUCUGAAGAUCACACCCUAAAAUUGUGGAAUUUGCAGAAAACAGUCCCUGCCAAAAAGUGUACCUCAUUCGAUGUGGAACCGAUCUAUACAUUCAGGGCUCACAUGGGUCCAGUCCUUUCCUUGGUGGUCAGCUCUAACGGAGAACAUUGCUACAGUGGAGGCAUAGAUUCUACAAUACAAUGGUGGAAGAUGCUGAGCCCAAAUGUGGAUCCAUAUGAUACAUAUGAUCCUAGUGUUCUUUCUGGCACGUUGGUUGGACACACAGACGCUGUAUGGAGCCUGGCGCACAGUGGUGUUAAAGACAGAUUGCUCUCUUGUUCAGCUGACGGAACGGUUCGGUUAUGGAAUCCACCAGACAGUGUUCCAUGUAUCGGCACGUAUAAUGGAAACAAAGAACAUGGUAUCCCCACUUCUGUGGACUUUAUAGGCUGUGACCCAGCCCAUGCUGUUGCCUCUUUCACCUCUGGCUGUAUUGUGAUUUAUGAUCUUGAGACUUCUCUGUCUGUAAUGCAGUUGUCUGCACCUUCUGAUUCUAGUAUCCCGUUUAGUGGACACAUAAACAAGAUUGUGAGUCACCCUACUCUUCCUGUUACCAUUGCUGCCUAUGAGGAUAGGCACAUAAAAUUUUUUGACAACAAAUCUGGGAAGACCAUUCAUUCAAUGGUCGCUCACCUGGAGGCAGUUACUAGCCUUGCAGUGGAUCCUAAUGGAAUUUAUCUAAUGUCUGGAAGCCAUGAUAGCUCAAUUCGCUUGUGGAAUCUGGACAGCAAGACUUGUGUGCAGGAGAUUACCGCUCACCGCAAGAAGUUGGACGAGUCCAUAUACGAUGUUGCCUUUCACCCAUCCAAAGCGUUCAUCGCCAGUGCUGGAGCAGACGCCCUGGCUAAGGUCUUCGUGUGACCCUUAACACCCCCUCCCCCUUGUGCUUACACAGUGCCACAAGUGCAUUUUUUUUGGAACAAAAAUUGAAGGUCACUUGCGGCAUUUAAACAAGUUUUUACAACAUCACUGCCAAGAGGAAUUUGCCCCAGUGUUGUGACACUACAAGAUGGCUCCUUCUACAGGAUGGGGAGAUACUGGUUACUGCACAGCCGGCUCUACCCUCUUCAUUUUCUCAUUGAUCAGGAUUCAGGAUGGCUCUCUCCAGGGCUUUAAUUUACUGCACUCUAAUCCCUCCUUUUUCACAGUAACCAGUGUUCACAGCCCCUGCAGAGGGUGUCUGUCCUAGAUUAUAUAUACUAUAAAUAUGUUCAUUCUUCUACAAUCCAUAAAGAGAAAGAAAAAAAAAACAAAAACCUUUUUUAUUUUAUUUUUCGCGCUUUGUACUUUUCACUUCAGAUCCUGGGUGCACUAGUAUUGGGAAUCAAGAUCUCGACUGAAAACCGGGGUCCUGGAGCCGCUUAUCAACUUAAGAAUAUACUGUAGUGUAUUCAGUUUUGAUCAUGUCACAAUGCAAUAGUGGAAUCAUUAACACCUUAAAUCACAAUUACCUUGGAACUUCACAGAACUUGAGGAGCAAGGGAGCCAGAGUUCUGCACUAUUCUACCCGGUUCAGAUUGCAAUAACUGGGGAAAAUGUAGCUAACUUUUCCAAAGCUGGCAUUGUAGAAGUCAGUGUCUGGCUGCCAAUGAAGGGAUUUAAAAAAAAUAAAAUUUUUCUUAUUUUUUUUUUUUUUUUUUUUUCUCUUUUUUUUUUUCACUUUCUCUCUUGGACAAUGCAGUGUGUUACUAUAUAUAUAUUUUUUAACUUUAGUUCUGCAUAUAUACAAUUUUUAACCUAAUCGUUUUUAUGCUUCCUAUCUUUUAAGCUGUCACAGAAUUGCAGUGUUUUUAUCGGCGGAGUACAAGCGUGAAAAUGAAAUUAAUUUACCUUUUUUUUUUUUUUUUUUUUUACUUUUGUGGUAAAUAUAAUUUCCUUCAUGUCCCCCCCCCCCCCCCCCCUUUAGAUCACAGUUGUGCUUUUUUUCCCCGUUUAAUAUAUUCUAUUUCUUGCUUUACCCUGGAUCCCUUUAUAAAGCUAGAAGGCAAUGACGCUGCCAGAAAGUCUGGUGUUAGAGAGGUUAAACACAACUGGGUGGCUACACACUAACAACUAGUUUAUUAUUAUUAUUAUUUUUUUUUUUUUCUCUUAACUGGCAAGAGGGGUUCCAUAUGCUCUUUUAUCAUUGCACCACCCCUUUUUAACAAUUGCAGCAUUCUAUCACUGUGUGAUAUUUUGUAUGUUUACUUUAUUUACGAGUUAAUUUAUCCAGAAGUUUCCCAGCUAAGUUUCAACGGCUUAAUGUUAUUUAUUUCAAGCUUUAUAUGUGUUUUUGUUCAUGUGACACAGUACUAUCAUUACUUGUGGGAUGCCUACAGAAGUCUGUUUUAUUUUUAUUUUUUUUGUCUUUUUUUCAAAGAAUGACUAAAGGCCAUUAUUUACUACCGUUCUAUGAUAUUUAACUUUUUUUCUUUUCUUCUAUUAUCAGACUGACUGGGUACUGAGCGAUUGAGCAACACAAAAUUGCCACUGCAAAAUUGAGCAAAUGAUAUCAAAGAUAGCAGGUCAACACUCUCUUGCUCCAUGGCAGUUUUACCACUUUAAAUCUUUGCUUGACCUUCUAGUGCUCCACAGCUAAACACCUUUCAAGGUCUAAGCCUCCUUGCAUUAAUUUUUUUUUUUUUAACCAAGCUUUUGCAUUCUUCUCCGUUACUUCUCGCGUCCUCAGAUUUAUUUAUUUUUUUUUUUUUUUUUCAUCAUUUGUUUAGUUUCUGGUAUUGACAAAAGAUUUUAAUUUUGUGUUAUGCAUGACUAAAACAAUUUCUCCUAUUUUUUUUUUCUAGUCUUCCACAAAAGGAAAAAAAUUCUGAUGAGUUUGCGCGUUUUUGUAAGGUUUUUGUUUUACAGACUGCAAGUCGACAAAUUUUUAAGAUUGUACCACGAAAAAAAAAGCAGUACAGUUGUUAAAAAAUGUAUAUAAAAUGCAUAUAAUAAAUAUUAAAUGGUGUACCUGUAUACACUUGCAUUGAUUGACACAUCCUAUUGACGUCAUAACAGGUAAUAAGAUAUUUUUGUAAAUAAUUUCUAUAUUUGUUUAUAUGAAACUUCUUCUCUUCCGGGGAGACUUAUUAAAAUUGUGUAUUUAUGUUAACUCGUCAUUAACUAGCAUAGCAUAGUUUUGGUUUAUAUAGAUGAAAUUAUGCAGAAAAGUCUAUAUUUUUAUUUUAUUCUGGAAAUAAACUCCUGCAUGUUAUGAUGAAACCCUUUUUGUUCCUUAAGAGGCACAAAGACAAGGAGGAGGAGAGUAUUUUUCCUUCCCAUUUUGAGAAACAAAAAAAAUAAAAAUUUAUAACUCUUA